UUCGUCUUUCAUUCCGCGAAAUUAGCGGCAUUCGGAGAGCCGGCUAAUUACCGCGGACUAAUCUCGGAUCGCCAGAUGGAUUCUAGCGAAGACGUGUCUGCUCGUAUCCUGCUGAAAAAUGUGCUCGACACCGAAGCGCCCCGGACGCCCGUUACCCGCAGCGCCUCUGCGGCCAAAGGCGUGGCUCAGGUCCCCACUGGCGGGUCCAGAUGCAGUGACAGGCUGAGGAGAGACUCUCUCAGCCUCUCGAAGAAGAUUACGACACACAGACUGAGGCAAAGUAUCAAGACGAGGCUGUCCAGAGUGUCUAUGCUCUCCAGUGAGAAGAGCAGGCUCUCAUCUGUGGUCCUGACAAACACACCCGCUCCAUCAAAAGUCUCCAUCCUUCGCGAUGAUUCCAUCACGCCGAGAUACCUGCUCAGGAACAUCCUGCUUGCAGAGCCUGAGGUGUCACUCCUGGCUCACGAGGGGACUGAAAAGAAGAAAACUCAAUUGCCUUCUGAUGAACUCACCAUGGUCCACCAGUCCAGCACGGAGCUGUCAGAGCUGGACCUGCCUGAGAUGACCAUGAUGACCAGAGCCAGCACUAGGAAGAGACUGGGAAGGAAGCGGCCGCGUCAGAGCCUUAAUGUCACCACCUUCGAGAGGAAUCUGGGAGAAUAUGAUGAUGUGGAAGAGAAGGGUGAAGAAACAGGAGAGCUCUCAACGUUGUCUUUGGGAUCUGUCAAGAUGCCAUAUGCAGAGAUUCACACUGAGAAAACAGGACUGAGGAGACGGAUAACGGACCAUUGCAGAAUCAGCGUGGAGGAAUUUGGUGCCGCGGUUCAGACGAGAAAAACAGCAGGACACAAUAGUCAGGAGGUCACGUUGUCUAUGAAUGAGAUGGCCCACUCAAAGGGCUUCACCCUGGACUUCAGCAACCUCUCUCAGCCUGACUUCACCACUAACAUUACCAACCAGGAUAUAUCCAUCUGUGCUCCAUUGUCCUCCAUCCCGGGCUCCUUUAUCACACAGGGUGAUGCCAGGGCACCCUCUCCUCACAGAGACACUGCAGAGGGAGAGGAGGGAGGAGAGGGGCAGAGACCAUCUGAACAGCCACUUAAUGACCAAGAGGAAGCCACGUCUCUGAUUGAAGAGGAGGAGGACUUGGAAGUUUCUGAGAAAAAAGAAGAAACCAACGCUCUUGUAGAUUUACAGACAGAAGAAGUUGUAGCAGAAUCACAGACAGAGGGAAAAGUUGUAUAUUCACAGACAGAGGAACCUGAAGUUAAAGCAGAGUUGCAGAUAGCAGAUUCACAGCCUGAGGAAGACAUGAUUGUAGCAGUUAAUCAAAUAAAAGAAGAGGUAGCGUUUGAGACGUAUUCACAGACAGAGGAAGAAGAUAUAUUAUGUGAUAAUAAGGCAGUAGAAGUGGAAACAGAUAAUGGGAAAGUAGAGACUGAAUUUGAGACAUGUUCACAGGCAGAGGAAGAUGUGGCGGGGGAUGAUCAGGCAGUAGAAGAAGUCAAAGCUCUUAAUGAGACAAAGGAGGAAGAGUUCGGAGCAGAUUUGCAGACAGAAAUCAUGGCAGAUUCACUGCCUGAGGAGGACGAGAUUGUACCAGUUAAUCAGACAAAAGAAGAGGCAGAGAUUGAGACGUAUUCACAGACAGAGGAAGAAGAUAUGGUAUCCGAUAAUGAGGCAGUAGAAGUCAAAACAGGUAAUGGGACAGAAGAGACAGAGUUUGAGACACAUUCACAGACAGAGGAAGACGAUAUGGUGGUAGAUGAUCAGGCAGUAGAAGUCGAAAUAGAUAAUGGAACAGAAGAGACUGAGCUUGAGACACGUUCACAGACAGAGGAAGACGAUAUGGUGGUAGAUGAUCAGACAGUAGAAGUCGAAAUAGAUAAUGGGACAGAAGAGACUGAGCUUGAGACACAUUCACAGACCAAGGAAGACGAUAUGGUGGUAGAUGAUCAGGCAGUAGAAGUCAAAGCUGUUAAUGAGACAGAAGAGGAAGAGUUAGGAGCAGAUUCACAGAUGGAAGAAGCCUUUAAAACUCAUACCAAUGGAGGCGGUGAUGCGGAAUUGACAUUACAGCUGUCUGAUGUCAAGCACAUCGUUCGCAGAGCUCGUCACUCAGAAGCUGUCCCCAUCAGACCUGUGGCUGUAGAUGAUGGUAGGGGCUACUACAGCAUGGGGGCAGUCCCCAGAGCAUCUGAGGUUGGUAGCGCUGCUGAGGGGCACAGCGGUGUAGCUGCAGCAGGCACUGAGCAUAGCCACGGCCAUUCUGAUUUACUUGACGAAGCUCCAUCCCUACUUGGUGGACAUAGCAGGGAAGGUUCUGAUGGCUCUGAAGACGAAAAGGACUCCCAUCCUCCAGGGAGGUUAGAUGAGGACAGUGAGAGAUCAGCUGGCCAGGAGGAAGAAGGAGCGAGUGACGGUAGCGCUGCUGAGGGGCACAGCGGUGUAGCUGCAGCAGGCACCGAGCAUAGCCACGGCCAUUCUGAUUUCCUUGACGAAGCUCCAUCCCCACUUGAUGAACAGAGCAGGGAAGGUUCUGAUGGCGAGGAGGAAGAAGGAGAGAGUGACGAACUCCCCUUGAAGACUCCGGCCUUCGUCCGACAGAGGAGGUUGUUUCCCUCCAUCUCUACAGCCUCACCUGCUGUUCUGUCAAGUACCUCCACACAUGUUGCAGGUGAAAGUUCUGCUCCAGCUCAGCCCAGGAAAGCCCAGAGGAAGAAGAAAACGCUGGCUAAAAGCAAGCCGAGCCUUCCUAAGAGCUACCUGAUGGGUGUAUUUAAGCACUUUGCCAAGACCAAGGUCUCUGCAGAUGUCUACCCUGCCCUCCAAAAAAUUAUGGAUCGAUUCUUUGACCGUAUGGCUGAGGACUUGGAAACAUAUUGUCUACACGCAAAGAGGAAAACCAUUGAAGUGGAAGAUGUUGUGCUGCUGUUAAAAAGACAGGGCCAUGUGAAUGACCAGGUUCCUGUCGAAGUGCUGAUAGAGAAAUACCUCCCUAUGGAGUAUCGCCGACUCCUCAUCCCCGUGGCUACCAGCGGGAACGUUGUCGUACCGAAACUUAAGAGAUGAGAUGUCUUUGGUUCAGUCUCCAUGUGGAUGCUUCACACCGCUGUCCACUUGUUAAGUUUAUCUGAUAUAAAGUUAUGUUCUGUGAUCCACUUUUUUCUGCAAUUCAUUUUUUUUUUUUUUUUUUUUCUGAUUUUUCCCCUUUUUUCUCCCAAUUUAGUGGCCAAUCGAUCCCUAUUUUAAUUCAAACACCCACCCUCAUACUGCCUGCGUUCGCCAACUGCAUCUCUCCGGCCGGCAGUCUCGAAGGAGACCGCCUCCCCACUUUUGUGACAAGGCGACUCCAAGCCGAACCACUGUUCCUCCGACACACACAGAGACGCAUUCACGUGACGAACACAAGCCGACUCCGCCCCCCUCCCGAAGACAGCGUUGCCAAUGAUCGCUGCUUCAUGGAGUCCGGCCAUAGUCGGAUCUGACGAGACCGGGGCGCGAACCCCGGUCCCCAGUGGGCAACUGCAUCGACGCAAAGCCGAUGCUUAGACCGCUACACCACCGCGGACCCCCCUGCAAUUCAUUUUUUUGACCAGAUUAUACCCA